GAGAGAACACGAAAGAGAGAAAAGAAAGGGCCAGAGAGAAUGAAGAGAGAGCGAGAGUGGGUGUGACGCCAAGUGAAAGAGAAAGGGGGUGUGUCCGCCUCCGUCUGUCCCCUCCCUCUGUAGGUAUAGAUGCUACAGGCUGGUCUCCCUGCAUCCCAGAGCACAGCACAGAGCCCCAGAGCAUCAAGCCCUUCAGCCUCAGCCAGAGUCUGUCCAGUGUGCUGCACUAGUCCUGAGACCCACCAGCUCAGUGAAGUAGUCCAGCCACCAGAGUCAGCAUAACUCACACAGAACUAGGAUAAUUACUUUACUAUCCUAGUUCUACUAUCCUCGUUCUACUAUCCUAGUUCUAAUGUUCUAGUUCUACUGUUCUAGUCAUGUACAAGGCUCAGUCUGUGAACUAGUCCAGAGCUGGUUGAUAUUUACUCUGUGGACCUUAGUCCUCCUCUUAGUCCUGGACUUAGAUUAUUAAGUCUUCAGUCAACUGCAUCUAGUGAGAGCCACCAGCCAGUCCUUUGUACCUGAGACCGCUGCAGAUCACCUACCACCAUGCAGCUCUCACACACCUUCCUCGUCUUCCUCUUCCUCCUUUUCAUCGUUGGGAUUGCGCUGGCCGGCUCGUCCACGGCUCGGAGAAGCAGAGUGAGACGUCAGAACAUGAAGGUGAGGAUCAACGCUACAGGCGACACCAUCGUGAUGAAGUUUGUACGUCCGAACGCUGACACCAAGCUGGAGGGCUACAUCCUGGGCUACGGCAGCAGCAUGUUCUCUAAACAGUUCAUCCAACUCCCAGAGAACGGACUGCCCUACGAGACAGAGAUCGAUGCCGAGCCCAAGUACCUGAUCGCUGUCCAGCCCAUCCCAGUCAAUGAUGUGAAGAAACAGUGCACAGGCAACGUGGACCUGGAGAAGCCCCUCCACCUGGUGAUUGGGUCCAUGACCCCCACCUCCGUGCUGCUGUCCUGGGGAACCCUCCUCAAGACGCCCUACGAGGGAAACAUCAUGAACGACUGCCUGGAGGACGGGAACUACACGGUGCGCUACCGUGAGAGGAACCGGAAGUGGACCUACCAGACGUGCCCAGCAAGCGACACGGUCAUUGACAGCCUUAAGCCCAACACGGCCUAUGAGUUUGGUGUCCGACCCAACAACAAGGAACGCAGCGGAGUAUGGAGCAAGCCAGUCAUCCACAACACCAACAUGAGCGGGAAGGCCAUGCAGAAACCCUACAAGCCAAGGACACCUCUGAAGCCUGUGAAAACGGUCAACAUGCCACGGGCCUUCUUCCCUCCUCAUCACGCUGUCCAUAACAGGAGCCAGGGCAGAACCCUCUUCAGGACCCCUGUAGCUCCAAGGACCACCUUCGCACCAACCUCGGCCAAUAGACAGCACUUCGUGUCCACUCCCCGACCCACAAUGCCUCAGGUGCAGCACGAGCCAACUGGUACCAGCUUCCUAAGACCUUUGACCCCUACCGAGCCUCGCUCUCCUACACGCUCUGUCAUUGUCACGGCGGCCAGAAACACAACGUUGCCUCGCAGUCGCGUCUCUCUCUACUCCACCCCUAAUGGCAUCAGACCUCUCUCUCUACCCAGGGACACCAACACCAACUCCUCCCUCACCUCCGACACACCAGGGGCCGACUGGGAGCACAAUAAGGGCCUUGCUCUUCCCAAACCUGUUAUCUGGUCCAGGAAGCAACUGGGCUCCCCUGCAGCUCUGCAACCCUUUCUUCCUGUCAACAAGAGGCCCAACCUGGUGGGGAAAUCAGGGGACAAGGACAAGCUGAUGGACCUGAAGCAGGGAGACAAAGCGUCCAUCUUGAGGUCCUUCCCUCUAGUCACGGCUAAGCCCACCAAACAAAAGACCACAACCCUCACCCCGGCCUUGAAUGCCACGGGUGACAACUACUCUGUGUUCAGCUCUCUCCCUACUUCGGAAGUGGACGCCAUGGGCAAGAAGCGCUUCGUAGCCCCUCAUGUGAUCUAUAAGACUGACAAGAAGCCAGACGAACCGUGUUCCAUAACAAAGUCCCUCAGCUUCUUCCCUGAGGAGGAGGGGGUGGAGCAGAACAUCACCGCACCCCCUCGCUUGCCCCCCUCCAACCUCACCGUGGUUACUGUAGAGGGGUGCCCCUCCUUCGUCAUCCUGGACUGGGAGAAGACCGACAACGACACCACAGAGUAUGAGGUCAUUUCAAGAACCCAUGGUCCCAAUGGAGAAGAGGUGUCCAUCCUGACCACCAACCAGACUCACACUGCAGUGGAGAACCUAAAACCAGAGAACAGUUACGAGUUCAAAGUGAAACCCAAGAAUGAGCUUGGGGAAGGGCCUGCCAGCGAGCCAGUGUUGUUCAACACAGAGUCAGCGGACCCUCGGGUGAGUGAGAAUGUCUCAGGUAAAGAUGCUAUCUGGACACAGUUCCCGUUCAAGGCAGAUUCCUACUCGGAGUGUAAUGGGAAGCAGUAUGUGAAGAGGACCUGGUACCGCAAGUUUGUGGGCAUUCAGCUGUGCAACUCCCUUAGAUACAAGAUCUACAUGAGCGACUCGCUCACCGGCAAAUUCUACAACAUCGGGGACCAAACAGGUCAUGGGGAGGACCACUGCCAGUUUGUAGAUUCUUUCCUGGACGGACAAACAGGCAGCCAGCUAUUGGCCGACCAACUACCCAGCCGAUCAGGCUUCUACCGGGCUAUGCGUCAGGAACCGGUCAACUUUGGCGAGAUCGGAGGGAACUCGCACGCCACCUACGUUGGCUGGUACGAGUGCGGAACACCUAUACCUGGGAAAUGGUAAGACCCCUCCACCAGAGGGGUGGCCAGGAAGAUGCCUGACUGGAAGAAUGAUGAUCUCACCAGGGUGAGAGGAGGAGGACUGAGGAGGUUUCAGUGGCCCUUGAGGUGGGCUUCUCCCUCUUGUUACCAUGGAGACUGCGUCAGUAUGUUACCAUGGAGAUGCAUCUGUCUGUCUGUCAGAUGGUGAUGGCCCACAUU